UGGACAUGCGCGGAGCUGCAGCGAACAUGGCGGCUUGCAUCUGACAGAAAGUAAGGAAUCUCCCAUCAAAAUACGCCGUUCACUCGGUAAAAUCCUCCCUGACGUCCUCCACAGUGACACGUUGAACUUUGAUCACCAUGGGCCGGACACCACAUAGAGAUCAAAAAGAGGAGAAAGAGAGACGGAGCAGCAUCACAGCAGGCUCUGCCCUUGACAAAUCCAACGAACCGUUCAGCUGGGAGGAUUACCUGAGAGAGACCUCGUCCACUGCAGCAUCACCUACAUGCUUCAAACAGUCCAGAGUCCCCCCCUCUAAUGAAUUCAAAGCCGGCAUGAAACUUGAGGCUCGAGACCCUCGAAACUCUAACUCUGUGUGCAUUGCAACCGUGAUGGGUAUGAUGGGUACACGUCUACGUCUGCGUCUGGACGGCAGUGACAACACCAAUGAUUUCUGGAGGCUGAUCGACUCAGCAGAAAUCCAACCAAUAGGAACAUGUGAAAGGAGCGGAGACAUGCUGCAGCCACCGCUGGGUUUCAGGAUGAACGCCUCCUCGUGGCCCAUGUUUCUUUUGCGGACACUAAGUGGAGCAGAGAUGGCCCCCGCCUCUGCUUUUAAAAAGGAACCUCCCAGCCCAGCUAAAAACUACUUUCAGGCUGGAAUGAAGCUGGAGGCGGUGGACAGGAAGAACCCAUACCUGAUUUGUCCGGCCACAGUGGGAGAGGUCAGAGGUCAGGAGAUUUUUGUCAUGUUUGACGGCUGGAGAGGCGCUUUCGACUACUGGUGCCCCUUUGACUCCAGAGACGUCUUCCCUGUGGGCUGGUGUGCUCUGACCAAGCACAGCUUACAGCCUCCAGGAAACUUCUUUACUCUCCCUGGUGCACUCCUCGCUCCUGUCUCCUCAAUCUCCUCCUCUCUCACCACACGCCGCUCCACGUCCAACUCUUCCUCCUCCAUGCAGACCUCAUACAGACUACCCAACCCCUUACCACCCCUCCCUGUUCGCAAGGGUGUCCGAGGACGACGUCCCAAAUCCCAGACCAUCGCUUUGUUGAAGGCAGCAGCCGAGGCUGCGGCAGCAGCAGCGGUUAAUGGAGCGUCACAGAGCCCUGCCAGGACCAGCUCUGAGACUCAACUGGCCCCCAGACCACACAAGAAGAGAGGGCCCAAACCCAAGAGCAAGAAGAAGCCUCGGGUGGGACAGUCCCUCGGGGCGCCAUCCGUUACAGCUCCACCUCCUGAGAACAGACUGAGCUCUAGCCACGUCUCUGCAGACAGCAGCCAUAGCAACGGCUCCAGCGUAGUUUGCACAGUGUGUGUCUACGUGAACAAACACGGGAAUUACGGCCCACAUCUAGACAGAAAAUUAGUGCAGCAGCUCCCGGACCACUUCGGUCCAGCCCCAGUAAACACAGUACUCCAGCAGGCUGUUCAGGCCUGUGUAGACUGCACAUACCAGCCUUCAGUGCUGCUGUCCUUCCUGCAGAGCCAGUCCCACAGUGGAGGAGAAGUCAUCAGAGUACGGUCCGAUCACGGUAUCCGUUAUGUGAAGCUGCCCUCGGCCUCCAGCGCAUCCUCCGUGCUGCGGUUUCUGGAGAACAUGUGCCAACAUCUGGAGAGUGACAGUCUGUUCAGUUCGCAGCCAUUCAGCCCCUUCAACAACAACAACAACAACACGCGCUUCUACAACAGGACCAAGUCAGAACCAGUGUCCCACACUGAGAAUGGCCUGUCUAAAGAUGACUCCAAAAAAGAGCCCACUCCUAGCACACGCCCCAUCCACAGCCCUUCAGACUACAGACCAACAAAGAAGGAGCGGCCAUAUUUCUCUGGACAGACCCACACACCACCACCCCUAAGACGCGUCAGCUCCAACCCAACGGAGCUUGUCCAGAUGUGCGCACAUAGACGAGUUGAGGCAGCAAGCUCAACAACAGGCCCAGAUCAUGUGAAACAGGACAAGGAGGUUUCAGGGGGCGAUGCGUCUUCCUGGUCAGUUGAUGAUGUCAUACGGUUUGUCCAGGAGGCAGAUCCUCACACUCUUGGCCCGCAUGUGGACCUGUUCAGGAAACACGAGAUUGAUGGCAAAGCUCUGAUGUUGCUGCGCAGUGAUGUCAUCAUGAAGUACAUGGGACUAAAGCUGGGCCCAGCUCUCAAACUCUGCCAUCACAUCGAGAAGCUGAAACAGAUCAAACAGUAGAGGAUGACAAAUGUUUUCUCACUGACACGGACACACAGACUCAAUCAUUAGCAGGUAUUAUAUUACAGGGAUGAAGUGCAGUGCAAAUCCACCUGAGCUAGAGGUGAAGCUACUGUUUCGAACUUUGAGGCCAAGUCUUCCAUGCUUUGUGAAGUUAGAGGUUUUAGUACCAACAAAGAAUUUUUUAAAACAAGCACAUGAAGUGGCUUUUUAAAAAGUGAUUACAGUAUUUUAAAAAGCUGUUGGAAUUUGACUCAUUUUUGGCCACAAAAUAUCAUAUGCCUCAUUUCUAAUACAUGAUACACCAUGACAAACCUGACUCAACUUGCUUUGAAUUUGCCUGGUAAAAUAUUAGAGGGGUUGUACCCCAACAUCUGUACAUUUCCAAAUUUCUCAAUAUGGCCUGAUUAAAACACAUUUUUACAUUUGUUGUUUACAGUUUGCUGUCAUAUAAAUUGAUUAUACAUUUCAUAAGGGUCAUUAGUACCAGACACCAGAAGAUUUCUGUUCAUGUCGGUGUAUUUUUGCCUUAUUAUAAAUCACUGGAGGACAUAAUCUGUCAGUUACAUAGUUAACCUCUACAUUUUGCCUUUUACACACCAACAUAAGCUGCAAGUUUUUUCUAACUUCAGAUUUACUUUGCCCUGUUUAUAGUUUUUGGAUUAGUGUUCUGCAUUCAUUGAGAAAUUAAGUUCAGGUAAGUCAGUAAGAGUGUCACUAUCAUUUUUAACACUGCAAUAAGGUUUCCAAAUGUCUGUCUGUUAAAGGAAGUCAUUUUUUUAUGCAAGCUAGUUAUGGUGUAAUCAUGUGCAUAAUGUUGCUCUUGACAACACAAGAGCUCCACGUAUGUGCAUCAGAGGUGUUUAAAGGUUGCUCUUGCAGUUUCCUGAAGUAAAUAAUCACACAAAUUACCCUUGUCCUUAAACAUUUAAGUGUUUUCAAACACAAUUCAGAGUUUAGUUCAAUGGAACAUACAUCAUUUUUAUUUAAAUGGUGAUUUUGUUUUGAGAGACAAGAUUUGAUCAGUUUCUGCUGGGCAGGCUGAGCACAAAGGAAAUCAGUGACUGACUCUCUAAUUCAUGUCUGUUUUAUGUGCUGGAAGAUAUUCAAGCUGACAAUCUUAGCUUGACUCCUGAUAUCAUUACAUGAUUGUGAAAUAUGUGUUGACAGACACAAAAUCAAACACAGGAGAUAAACAUUUAAUGACUGGAAAACUGUAAGUGUUGACAUAGAAGUAAAGAAGAGGCCAUUUGACUAGUUAAAGUCUUGUACAGAACAAUGAAGAUGGCCUGAGAGAGUUCAUGGUAGACUGUUUUGUAAAAAGUAAAGCCAAAAGGUUUUUUUUUUAAACAAAGUGUAUCUACUUGUAUUAAGCAUCAAUGUAAUCAAAGUUUUUCUGCCUGAAGUAGUUUCUGCGUGCACCAUCAUGUAACUACCUACAGUAAGACAUUGUGUCUGAGUAAAUAUUCACACUUCUUAAAGUAUUUAUCUGUUUUCAGUGGCAGAAAUACAAAAUUUUCUGAACAUUUCAGAAUCAUUUUCAAACCAAAUCAUGUGUGUUGUAGCUGCAUCUCACUCUGUUGCUCUCCUGUAGCAGUAACAAGUUGAUACUUGAAACUGUCUUGCUUUAAUGUGAAACUCAGGUUUUUGGUAGGGGUUGUUUUCUAGACAAUGUUUUACACCAUUAGCAUUAUGUGUUCAUUAAUACAACAUAGAAGGACUGCACAAUAACCAACUAUAUAUAUAUUUUUAAUGCCUUGUGAUCUAUCGCUCGCUGCAUUUCAUGUGUAAAUAUGCGAUUUUUUUACUGUAAGUUCAACAACAAAAGGUUUGUUAAGUAUGUUUGAUAUGCAUUCACACUAUUAAACAUUUCUGUACAUCA